GUUUACAAAAUCUCCACCUGCACGUGGCUUGCAGUUUUCCCGGAUUUCCGUGCUUUAAAAGAUGGAAAAUAGUGAAAAAAGCAUGGACGUCGAUGUGGUAGCACUGCCCACCGGAGAGAAUGCCUCCAAACAACGCUCCAAAUCAGACAAACGGGCUCCAAAAUCGAAACAAGAGCUGCGCCGUGUGUUCAUACCGCGGUCCCGAAAAGGAGCGCUGAAGGAGCAGUGGAUGAAAAUAUUCACCCCAGUCGUGGAACAGCUGCAGCUGAAGAUCCGCUACAACAUCAAAACAAGCCACGUUGAAAUUCAGCCAACACCAGCCACACAGGACCAAUCGUACCUCCAGAAGGCGGCCGAUUUUGUGCGAGCCUUCGCGCUCGGCUUCGAAGUGGAAGAUGCACUCGCUCUGAUCCGUUUGGAUGAUCUGUUUAUCGAAUCGUUCGAGGUGACCGAUGUGAAGUCGCUCAAAGGUGACCACUUGAGCCGAGCGAUUGGCCGGUUAGCGGGCAAAGGUGGACGCACCAAGUUCACGGUGGAAAACACGACCAAAACCCGGAUCGUGCUGCAGGACUCGAAGAUUCACAUCAUGGGUAGCUACAAGUACAUCCAGCAUGCCAAGCGUGCCCUUAGCCAUCUGAUCCUUGGUUCGCCGGCCAGCAAGGUGUACGGUAAUCUGCGCAGCGUUGCCGCUAGCCAGAACUCCCAGCGGAUGUGAGGCAUUGUGGGGCCAGGGGGAGAUUAUUGUAUUUUCAUUAAAUAAAAUGGAUUUUAUGCUUCCAUUA